CAAUAAAUAAAGAUAAAUAAACAACAUUUUGCCGACUAUAGUUAUCAGGAAAAAAGAAUUAAAAUUAUAAAGAUAUUAAAAGUGAGAAAUAAAUUAAUAUGUCGCAAGAAAAUAAGGGACAGCAAAUAGAAUAUGUUACUUUAAUUAGUGAUGACUCCGAUAAUGAUGUUGAGGUUACAAAUGUUUCAAAAAUUGAUAAUGGAGGGAAUGAAAGAUCUUCGAAAGAUGAAAACUCCGAGGAAGCUGAAGGUAGACGUGUAAGUCGCAGAAAAAAACCAAGAGUUGAUUAUGCCAAUACAAAACAAGGUGAUCCAAUCGAUACGAAGCCAUCAACAUCAACUACACCGGCACCCGGUGUUGCAAGUAUAAAUCCUGACCGGAAAUUUGAUAAUAACGUAAAGAAUCGGAAAAGGGAGCAUUCCAGGUCACCAUCUGAUCGUAAGGAUCCCGAAGUAAAAGAAUUACCUCCAACUAAUCCAAACGAGUACAAAGAAAUUUUAACUGGUCUUGAAGGAGCUGCUUUUCAGUCAAGAUUACCUUUUGAUAAGAUGACAUCGGCUGAGGCCGCUUGUUUCACUGAAAUCACAAAAAAUGGUUUGAUUGCGCAAAGGGUUUUUCUUAAUAUUCGUAAUAGAUUACUUCAAAUGUGGAUUGAAAAUCCCAAAUUGCAAUUAACUGUUGAAAAUGCAUUAAGAGAUAUUGAGACUCCUUUUGAUAGUGAUGAUGUUUUAUUAAAAAAAAUACAUGCUUUUCUUGAAAGACAUGGUUUCAUUAAUUUUGGAAUAUUUAAACGUUUAAAACCACUGCCACUAAAGAAGUUGGGGAAAGUUAUUGUUAUUGGUGCAGGCAUAUCAGGACUUUCUGCAGCUCAACAAUUGCAACAAUUUGGUAUGGAUGUGAUUGUUCUAGAAGCUAGAGAUCGAGUCGGUGGACGUAUCGCUACUUUUAGAAAAAAUAAUUACAUUGCCGAUUUGGGAGCAAUGGUAGUGACAGGUAUUUGGGGCAAUCCUAUGACAAUUUUAAGCAAACAAACAGGAAUGGAAAUGGUUCCAAUAAGACCAUCUUGUCCUUUGUAUGGUGCUGGAGGAAAACCCGUUCCAAAGCAUAAAGAUGAUAUGGUCGAAAGAGAAUUUAAUCGACUUCUUGAAUCUGCCAGUUAUUUAUCUCACCAACUUGAUUUUAAUUAUGCUGGUAAUAAUCCUGUUUCUCUAGGUCAGGCUCUUGAAUGGAUAAUUAAAUUACAAGAGAAACAUGUUAAAGAAAAACAAGUUCAGCACUUGAAUAAUGUGACAUCAAUUCAAAAAAGCAUUAUACAGAAUAAAGAAAGACAUUUAAAAUUAAUUGACAAAUUAAAAGGACUAAGAGCAACAUAUCAAGAUCUAAUAAAAACUCGACCAGUAAAGACUCCUGAAAAUGAGCAAGUUGUAAUUGCUCAUGAAUUCCAAAUAAAAUAUGUUAUAUAUGAGUAUAAUAAGGCUUUUAAUGAAUUUCAAGCUUUGAAAGAGGAUGAAAAAAUUUUGUCAGCAAAAUUAAAAGAAAUAGAAUCAAACCCGCCAAGUGAUGUUUAUUUGUCGUCCAAGGAUAGGCAAAUCUUAGAUUGGCACUUUGCAAAUUUGGAAUUUGCUAAUGCAACACCUUUAAGUAAUUUAUCUUUGAAGCAUUGGGAUCAAGACGAUGAUUUUGAAUUUAUAGGGAAUCACACUACAGUGUAUUCAUCAUCAUAA